AUGUAUCCACUUGAAUAUCUAAGGGGUUUACUAGGGGUUAGAGUGAGUGUUGGGUUGCGUAAUGGCCAGGAUUACACUGGAGUCCUUAAAAUGUUUGAUGAGCACAUUAAUAUUCUUCUGGCUAAAGUAGAACAAGGCCGGCCUAAUGAACUGCUCUUUUUACGUAGUGAUAAUAUUCUAACUAUUGCCGAAUAA